UCGUUUCGCGGCGCCGUUUCCCCGGCGGAGAGGGAGCGGCGCGGAGCGAUCCGGGCGGGCUGUGAGGCGGUUUAUGAGGCACGGCCGGCGGGCGGGCAGGGCUCAGUGUGAGGCGAGCCGUCGAGCGGGAAGCUUGGUCGUGCGCCCCGUGCAGCCCUCCGCGUCCUCCGCACCCCGCAGCCGGGCCGAGACACCAUGGCUGAUCAACUGACAGAAGAGCAGAUUGCAGAAUUCAAAGAAGCUUUUUCACUAUUUGACAAGGAUGGUGAUGGUACUAUAACUACAAAGGAGUUGGGGACUGUGAUGAGAUCACUUGGUCAAAACCCCACAGAAGCAGAGUUACAGGAUAUGAUCAAUGAAGUAGAUGCUGAUGGUAAUGGCACAAUUGACUUUCCAGAGUUUCUGACAAUGAUGGCAAGAAAAAUGAAAGAUACAGAUAGUGAAGAAGAAAUUAGAGAAGCGUUCCGUGUGUUUGACAAGGAUGGUAAUGGUUACAUUAGUGCUGCAGAACUUCGCCAUGUGAUGACAAAUCUUGGAGAGAAGCUAACAGAUGAAGAAGUUGAUGAAAUGAUUAGGGAAGCAGACAUUGAUGGUGAUGGUCAAGUAAACUAUGAAGAGUUUGUACAAAUGAUGACAGCGAAGUGAAGACGUUGUACAGAAUGUGUUAAAUUUCUUGUACAAAAUUGUUUAUUUGCCUUUUCUCUGUUUGUAACUUAUCUGUAAAAGGUUUUUCCCUUACUGUCAAAAGAAUAUGCAUGUAUAGUAAUUAGAAGGCCAUUCCUCCAUGUUUUUCUCCUUUAUCUUACUGUCAUUGUUCUGAUUUUUGGAAAAUUGAUCUAAGUAACAAAUGUUGCAUGUGGCUUACUCUGGAUAUUUAAGCCCUUCUGCACAUCUAAGGUUAGAUGGAGUUGGUUAAAUGAGGGAACAUCUGGAUUGUUUAAAGAAGUAGCUCUCUUUAGAAGACUUAGGUAUGACUGAUGUAACAAGUUACAUAAAGUAAGUUAGGGUUUACCAUGCAUUAGCAAUUCCUGAGUUAAAGCAAGAUGCUGGCUCUAGUUCUCCAGUAAGUAAAGGAGUUGAUUCUGCUUUUGAUGACUGAGGGUGAAGACUCGUGCAGGCCAAAACCAUGUGAAUAGCAUGUAUGUGGCUAAUGCACUGUAAAAAUCAUUCUCCUAACUUGCUUCAUAGUAACUUGUUUGUGGCCAUACCAGUAACAUGUUGUUGAAAUGUGGAGUCUUAACUGUUGUGGACGAUUGACAGUCAACAAUAUGAAACUUUAAAGUUGCACUAAUGCAAAACGGGUGUAUUAUCCAGGUACUCGUACACAAUUUUUUUGUACUGCUGGUCCUGUACCAGAAAACAUUUUCUCCUCUUGUUACUAUGCUUUUUAAACUUUGUUUAGCCACUUAUUUUCAAAAAAAUCUGCUUCUGGCACGAUUUGCCUCAAAUCCAUUCCAAGUUGUAUAUUUGUUUUCCAAUAAAAAAUUACAAUUUACCCA